AUGCUGCAGUCUAGCUCGACUAGCCUCAUCUCGAGCGCAAGACAGUUCCAUUUCGAGUACGGGCGACGAUAUCAUGGCUACAAUGCGGGCAAAUACCACUUUCCGAACGAUGAGGUCGAGCUCAACCGAAUGGAUAUCGAACACUACAACCAGAAGUUGCAAUUAGAUGGAAAGCUUCACCUUUGUCCGCCGGAUGAUCCUAAGCAGGUAUUGGAUGUUGGGACAGGCACUGGGAUUUGGUGCAUUGAGACGGCUGAUAAGUAUCCUGAAUGCGAAGUUAUCGGGACAGAUCUGAGAUUCCUAAUGGGCUCAAUAACGAGCCAUGCGGAGCUUUACAAGAAAGUAUAUUCAGCCCUCAAGCCAGGAUGCUGGUUGGAAUUGGUGGAGAUAGAGUGCGGUAGUACAUUCAGCGACGAUGACACAGUGCCCAAAGACGCACCUAGCAAGCUCUGGUGGAAACUUCUCGAGGAAGCCUUUGAAAAAAUCGGCAGGCCCAUACCAAAAAUCCAUCGCUUUCCCAAGCUUUUAGAAGACGCUGGUUUCGAAAAUGUUCACUUCCAGAUGAUCAAGAGGCCGGUCAACGACUGGCCUAAGGACCCCAAGAUGAAAGAGAUUGGGAGGUAUUCACGUCUGAACUACCUUGAAGGAUUGGAAGGAUUUACUAUGGCACCCUUCACAAGAGUGCUCGGCUGGACUCCAGAAGAGGCGCAGGUACUGAUUGCUAAAGUGAGGAACGAGACAGUGACGCGGAAAUUUCACGGUUGGCAGAAAGGCGUGGUGUGUUACGCGCAGAAGCCGCUGGGAUCUGCCGCCGUAGCUGGAACUGCAGCGCCUCCCCCCACGAAUCAAGCAUGA